AGCGUUCGUCAGGCAGUGACCUCGGAGGGAGUAGAAAAAGGAGUGUUAUACUGAAACAUGACGGGCAUGGCGAUGACCACUGUGAUGGUCAUCUUAUCAGUGGCCAUUGGAAUACAGACUGAGGAUGUCCCAGUUGACCCUUACAGAGAGAUCGAGAGUGACCUCGGAUUUGUUAUGAACCACGGGCUGAUAUCUGCAGCAUCUCAACGAAUGGUGGACGACGCAUUAGAGAAGCUUGACGACGAAUGGGCAGAUGAAAACAUCAAUGAAAUAAAUACGGACAUUUUAGAUGACGACUUAGAUGAGAAUAUGGACGACGACGACGACGAGGAAGAGACACAUGGCCGAUCAAUCACAAAACGAUUCCUGCUGAACACACCCCGUAAACUGUGGCCCAAAUGUGUGAUACCCUACACAUUGGACAUGACAACGCUAGUACCGGAAAAGGUCAGCGAGAUUUUAUCGGCUAUGUCGUUGUUUGAAUAUUGGACUUGCUUCCGGUUUGUUCCCUGGACGGCGACUACAGGUCAAGACUUUGGAUUGGAGCACGACAAUCAUCUUAACUUCGGUAGACAUUCAGGAUGCUGGUCUCACGUUGGAAUGUCGUCUGCAGGAAUGUCAGGCCAGAACAUCUCCUGCUGCCAAGGGAAGAAUUGUAUACAUGAGAUCGGACAUGCACUAGGCUUCAGUCAUGAGCAGCAGAAUCCGUAUAGAGAUGACUACGUUCGGAUUAACUACGAAAACAUCAAGCCUGACAACGUGUUUGCCUUCCACAAGGUGAAGGCCCACAAGAGGGCGCUGUUCCCGUGGCGGUACGACUAUACCUCGGUUAUGCACUACGGCUUAAAGGCUUUCAACAAGAACGGGCGCGCAGCGAUCACGUUGUUGGACCCUCACAUGAAAUACUUAGUGGGAGAGAAAGACUCGCAGUAUUACUACUUCCUGAGGGAGGCUGAGUCCGUGUACAAAUGUACAGAUGACAAAUGUCCUGACUUUACCGCUACCUGUGCCUAUGAUGGCUACCUGACCUACCGAGAAGGCCAGUGUGUGUGCCGCUGUAUCGCUGGACUAGACUCGGCCACCAACUGUACAACUAUUGAAGGAGGAGAUAAAGCACGAAACAUCAAGUGGCCUGAGGGGGGCUUCUCGAUUCUGAAGGUGAAGGAUGUUAAGUGUCCUAAGGGAUCUGAAGUAGGCUACGUCACACACUUCGGACAGGGAAAGCGAUCUCGUGACUAUGACAUCGCCGGAAGUGUUUCGGCGAAAGCUACCAAACUUGAGUUUUGUACUUUUAGUUCUGGUACUAAAAAGUCAAAGAAAUCGAUCACGUGGCCUCCUGGACAGUAUUGUGUGUCACGUGCUGGAGGAUCUUGCCCAGAAGGGUUUACGAAUGGAUUCUUACAGUACGCAGACGUCAGACCUCCCGUCACUUCCGGGACUUUGCCUGACGGGAACUAUACACUUCACACCAAGUUUGAGUUCUGCUGUAGAAGUGACGGAAAUAAAGACAACCCUAUAGUGCUUCCGGUAAAACAGCCAUUCCUUUUGUGGAAACGGGACAGAAAGGCUUGUCAGAAAGUCAAAGGUGCUGUCGGUAUUCCUCAGCAUUUCGAAUUUACAAAUCGAAGGGCAAGAGGGGUAGCCGAGCUAAAGAGACCGUUACCACUUUUCAAGAAACGUUAUAGAAAAAUGGUGCUUUAUGUGUGUAUUUAUAAACCCAUACAGAAAGGUUGUGGUGGCAUCAUUCACUUGACGGAAUCUGACUCCAUUCGAGAGCUGACGUCACCAGACUAUCCUGCCUCCUACCGGCCGCUCUCUGUGUGUACCUGGGUGAUACAGAGUCCUCCCAAUACAACGAUGUUGCUGAGCUUUCCCGAGUUUGAAAUUCCGGCCUCGACUGAAGAUCCUUCUGUUUGCAGUGACAAAGUAGAGAUCCGGUCGUUCCUGCCAGGACAACCUGGAAUAUCGUACUGUGGUAGCGGGUUCCGGUCAGCAAUAGAGUCCCAGACAAACAUUAUGUCCCUGAUCCUACACUCGAUGACCCCUCAGACUGGGAGCAAUCACUUCCGGGCCAGCGUUUCCCUGGCACCUCAAGGUGAUGAUCUGUGCUACCUUUCCGGUGACAAGGGCUGGACAUAUAGAGGAGAUAUAAACUUCACACACGACUUACAGACUUGUCUCCCCUGGCGUAACGUCACUAACUGUCACCAUCACGAAUUCGCGGAGGGUGACCGCUUUGCCGGCCUGGAGGGGAACAAGUGUCGGAGUCCCGGGCACGGUACCAGGCCCUGGUGUUACACACACGCCGAGGACUGCAGACGGGAUUACUGUGACGUAUGUGGAACUGGAGGAUGCUUUGAUAUCCUAGACGACUGCCUGGCCUCGAAAACUGCCGAUUUUACGUACUGUUUACUUGGCCACCAUAUCAAGGAAGGGGUUGUCGGAUGUGCACGCACGUGUGGGCUUUGUGAUACUCAGAAAAGCGCACCAGCGUCAUCAAUACGAUGUAGCAGCCCGACACCUCCCAUUGAUGGAAAACCUCUGGAUGCGCUGAGGGCGUCCUAUCGUGUUGGAGAGAACGUCCACUUCCGGUGUAUGAAUGGAGGCAACAUCCGGAGCCAGACAUGCCUGACGGACAGCACAUGGGCAGGAGAGGGACGGGUCUGUCAGGUUUGUCCUGAUGAUUGGCGGAUAAUGGGUGACCACUGCUAUAAGUACUUCCCGGACCCUGUGAACGAGACGGAGGCUGUCAGACGGUGUGGGAACGAGAAAGGUCAGGUUGCCAUGGCAAAAACGACCUACGAGCGAGACUUCAUUUACAAUCUUCUACUGACCAACCCUCACGAUAUCUGGUUGGGACUCGGUGACAAGCGAUCAGAGGGCACACUAUUGUGGACAGACGGCACCCCAUUGGACCACGAACAAUCAGGUUUACACUGGAAUAAAGGCAAGGUGACGAACAAACGAAGAAAAGAUUGCGCCAAAAUGAACAAGAGUAGAAAUUUGGUGAUGAGGAAAUGUUCUGCGAAAGAAGCUUAUGUUUGUCAAACCCCCAUCAUCUUUCCUUCUCAGUGCCAUGAUGAGCGAGAUGACUGUGCGGAACUCCUUGACGGUCUUCCUACACUUUGCACUGACUUCCGAGGAUUCGGUGUGAGAUCUUGUGCUGCCACCUGUCGGGAAUGUGAAAGAUCACUGUAGGGAUGGAGAAGAGCUAGGUGGAUAUAUUUAUGUAUUUUGUCCCGGACUAUGUGAUAAAAUGGAUGCUAAAUCGAAUGACGAAGAAGAAAGGAAAACGGUACAAGAUAGUCGUACGGCGAAGAUAAUCAUACUCGCUUAAAUUAUAUUUUUAGACGCAUGUUUGCAUAUGUAAAUAAACUCUGAAUAUGUUAUUUUCAUUAAAGAUUACGGACCUUGCCAUUAAUUCACGUCAAUCUCCUGGGGUGUUAUGUUCCUUUAUGUUUGUUGUGUGUGCUUUACUGGUCUGUACGUCGCUUUUUCUAGCGAAUAAUUAUGUUAACAAUUGCUUUUAUAACGACAUAAAUGUUCAGAGUUAACAUUGCUAUCUGCACCUAGUCUAAUUAUGCCGGAGUAGAUGUUACCGAACGUCUCUUCAAACGAAUUAAGACGAAACUUCAUAUCUCGAGAAUCAAAUCUUUUUACAAUUGUGAUUUUUAUUUUUAUGUUUGUAUUCAAUCAAGAUAAUAUUAUCGUAAGUCGUCCCUCUUGAUCCUGU